CCCGCCUUCCCCCCUCCCCCUUCGUCCUCAAGCCAGCUGGCUCUUUAAUUGCUUCCCAUCCAUUUCCCAAUCCAAUCUCGCCUUCUUCUCAGAUUUAUGCUCUGUUUCCCUGCAAGGAAGAAAAUAGAGAACAAAAGAGACGCAGUUUGGCCGCCGAGUAGCUCCGGCCUUUAGAGAUCGACCAUGAUUUCCGUCGCUUCUCAUGAGUCCGAGCCGCCGGUGGAAGUAUCCGCCGCGAUCCACCCGCCGGAGACGGUCGUUUUCAAGUCGAGGCUGCCCGACAUCGACCUUAUCAACUACCUCCCCCUCCACACCUACUGCUUCCAGCGGCUCUCGGAGUUCGCCGAUUUCGCCUGCCUCAUCUCCGCCGCCGACGGGAAGGUUUACUCCUUCGCGGAGACCCAUCGGCUGUGCCGUAAGGCCGCCGCCGGGCUGGCCAAGCUCGGCGUCAGGAAGGGUGACGUCAUUAUGGUGCUGCUCCAGAACUCCCCUGAAUUCAUAUUCACCUUCAUGGGCGGCUCCAUGCUCGGCGCCGCCGCCACCACCGCCAAUCCCUUCACCACGCCAGCGGAGAUCUAUAAGCAGUUCGAGGCCGCCGGCGCGAAGCUCGUCGUCACGCAGUCCGUCUACGUCGACAAGCUCCGUAACGAAGAGAUUUUUCCGAGAAUCGGUGAGGGUUUGACGGUGGUGACGACUGACGAGGUGGCUCCGGCGGGCUGCACGAGCUUCUGGGAGGUGGUGGGGGCGGCGGAGGAGAUGGAGGAGGAGGCCGCGGUGGAGGCGGAUGAUCUGGUGGCGCUGCCGUUCUCGUCAGGGACGACGGGGCUGCCGAAGGGGGUGAUGCUGACGCACAAGAACCUGGUGUCGAGCAUCGCGCAGCAGGUGGACGGCGACAACCCGAAUCUGCACCUGAAGGCCGGCGAGGACGUGGUCCUCUGCGUGCUGCCGCUCUUCCACAUCUUCGCGCUCAACUCGGUGCUUCUGUGCUCUCUGAGGGCCGGCGCCGCCACCGUGCUGAUGCCCAAGUUCGAGAUGGGGGUGAUGCUGCAGGUGAUCGAGCGCCACCGAGUGUCGAUGGCGGCGGUGGUGCCGCCGCUGGUCCUGGCGCUGGCAAAGAACCCCGAGGUGGAGAAGUACGACCUCAGCUCCAUCAGGAUCAUACUCUCCGGGGCGGCGCCGCUGGGAAAGGAGCUGGAGGACGCGCUCCGGAACAGAGUACCCCAAGCUAUACUCGGCCAGGGUUACGGCAUGACCGAGGCUGGGCCAGUGCUGUCGAUGUGCCCUGCCUUUGCUAAGCAUCCGACUCCGGUUAAAUCCGGCUCAUGUGGUUCGGUCGUGAGGAAUGCCGAGAUGAAAGUGGUCGACCCGGACACGGGCUUCUCCCUCGGUCGGAAUAAAUCCGGAGAGAUCUGCAUCCGGGGUCCUCAAAUCAUGAAAGGCUAUCUUAACGAUAUCGAUGCCACAUCGAAGACGAUCGACAUUGAGGGAUGGCUGCACACAGGAGAUAUUGGAUACGUCGACGAUGAUGAUGAGGUGUUCAUAGUGGAUAGAGUGAAGGAGCUUAUCAAAUACAAAGGUUUUCAGGUGCCGCCGGCCGAGCUUGAAUCUUUGCUAAUUAGCCACCCGGAGAUUGUCGAUGCGGCUGUGGUCCCGCAAAAAGAUGUCACAGCCGGGGAAGUCCCGGCAGCUUUUGUGGUUCGAGCUAUCAAUUCCGACAUCAACGAAGAAGCCAUAAAAGAAUUCAUAUCCAAACAGGUGGUGUUCUACAAGAGAUUGCAGAGGGUUUACUUCAUCCAUUCCAUUCCUAAAUCAGCAACAGGGAAGAUACUGAGGAAGGAGUUGAGAGCCAAGCUCGCAAGUGCUUCUUAAUGAGUUGAAUCAAUUGGGACUUUCUCUAUUCCUUGUUUACUUCCGCAUGCAGACGUGUCUUUGCUUUGCUUGAAUUGUUGCACUUGUUUGGUUCAGAAAACUAUUGUUGGAGACAUUAUCGAUAAAUAGUAAACAUAUGAUUAUGAUUUA